UCCAGAAAAAACACAAGAAUUUGUAUUCAUAUAUGCUACGAAAUCUACAACAUGAACUUUCUACAAUCUGAGGGAAUAGUCAUCGGUGGCAUCGAUCAACAAUUUUGCCGGAACAUUGUUUUUGUCUAUGCUUAUUUAGCAAUUGUUGGCACUUAGCUGUCUAUAUCUGAAUCGUAUACAUAACACUAAUCGAAUAUCCACAAUCGUUACAUUAUAAGUUUAUUAUACUUAGGUAAUUAAGCACAUGUUUUCACCUUUAAAUAUUCAAAUCAAUAACUCAAACACCAAAAGCACAAAAAACCAUGUCCAAACAAGAUUAUCGAUGCCACCAAUGCCUACAUUAAGUUUCUCCUAAUGACACGUAUAUUAAUAUAACACCUUUCAGGCUUUCAUAGCACCCAAAAACACACGGUAACUCCCCGCAGCUAGAGAUGGACCCAGAGUCCAGAAUUGAUGAGAAGAAGCCUCAUGUGUUGUUUAUACCAUUUCCAGCACAAAGCCACAUCAAGUGUAUGCUCAAACUAGCAAGACUUCUGCACCACAAGGGUCUUCACAUAACCUUUGUCAACACCGAGUCAAGCCACAACCGCCUUCUCAAGUACGGUGGGUUGCAUGGUCUAGACACGGCUCCUGGUUUUCAGUUCAAAACGGUUCCAGAUGGCCUCCCUUCUGAUGAUGACACUGAACUAAAUCAAACAGCAGAGGCAGAGCGACUCUUCGUGUACCUUUCGACCAAUUUCUUGGGUUCCUUUCUUGAUCUUGUAGCUCGACUUGAAAGUCCACCAACUUGUAUUAUCUCAGAUGGUUUCAUGACUUUCACAGACACUGUUAAUGCUACUGCUGAAAAGCUCAAGAUCCCGAUCAUCCUUUACUGGACCCUUGCAGCUUGUGGAUUCAUGGCCUAUUACCAGACUAAAGUUCUGACUGACAAGGGACUUCUCCCGCUUAAAGAUGAAAGUUAUUUGAAUAACGGGUACAUUGAUACCCUUAUAGAUUGGAUUCCGGGAAUGGAAGGAGUCCGUUUUAGGGAUCUACCCAAACAUAUGUUAGCCACAAGCGCCGAUGAUCCUGCAUAUAAUUAUCUGUUGGAAUCAGCUAGGACAGCCGAUAAAGUUUCACACGUGAUCCUCCAUACUUUCGACGAAUUAGAAGCUACUCUUGUCAAAGAACUUAAAUCAAUAUUUCCACGAAUCUACACAGUUGGACCUCUACAGUUACUUUUGAACCAGACCAACCAGACUAAAAGCUCAAGUUUUAAUGGCUAUAGCUUGUGGAAUGAAGAACCCGAGUGCAUCGAGUGGCUCGAGUCGAAGGAACCAAACUCUGUGUUGUAUGUCAACUUUGGAAGUUUAGCAGUAAUGUCUCUACAAGAGUUACUAGAAUUAGGUUGGGGACUUGUUAAUAGCAACCAUUAUUUUCUUUGGAUAAUCAGGACUGAUAUGGUUGACGGGGGAUCAGCAAUUCUACCAUUGGAAUUUGAGGACGCUGUUAAAACGAGAGGUUUUAUUGCAAAUUGGUGUUCACAAGAAGAGGUCCUGAACCACCCUUCGGUUGGUGGGUUUUUGACUCACGGUGGUUGGGGUUCGGUGAUCGAGAGCCUGUCAGCCGGUGUGCCGAUGUUAUGUUGGCCAGUUUCUCAUGACCAAAUGGUUAACUGUCGGCAAAUGUGCCAGAAUUGGGGGGUCGGAAUGGAGAUCGAGAGGAAUUCAAAGAGAGAUGAAGUUGAGAAGCUUGUAAAGGCGUUAAUGGAGGGAAUUGAGGGUAAGAGAAUGAGAAAGAAGGCCAUGGAGUGGAAGAAAAUGGCGGAAAUCGCUACAGAUUGUAAUGGAUGUUCAUCUUUGAAUAUCGAAGAUCUUGUUAAUGAAAUCACAAACAUGUCAACAAACUAGAUACCCAAUAUUUGUUUACGAUUCCACAUGUGUAAGUGUGUAUCAAAUAAACAGAGAAGAAACUAGACUUAAUUUGCAUUUGUUACACAUGAUAUUUAGGAAAGGAUUGGAUUAAAUUGGACUCGAUAA